AUGCCCAGGAACAAUCUUACACUCCUUGAAGGACCCGCAAUGGACCAAAUGUACCUAUCAGGCGGCUUAAUUGCAACUGAUGACAUGGGAGUUUUUGUUCUUGCUGGCUCUACUGUUGGGGGAGGCUCCGCCAUCAACUGGUCUGCUUCGAUUCGAACCCCCCAGCACGUAAUCAAGGAAUGGUGCAAUGACCAUGAGCUAGAGCUGUUCGACAGUAAAUUAUACCAAGAAGCUCUGGAUAUUGUCUGUGAAAAAAUGGGAGUUCAAUCUCAAGUACAAGAAGAAGGGUUUAAUAAUGAAAUUUUAAAGAGAGGGUGCCAAGAAUUGGGGAUGGGAAGGAAGAGAGGUAGCACGGAGACGUGGCUUGUGGAUUUGGUGAAUUCUGGUAAUGGUGCUAUUUUGACUGGAUGUGAGGCUAUAAAAGUGCUGCACAAGAGAAAGAAAGGAAGAAGAGAUCGAAACACAGCUACCGGGGUAGCCUUCAAAUUUGAGCAUGGAGGGGCGAAGCGGAUUGAAGAACGUAAAUAUUGGGGAAAACUGCAUUUGCAUCCAGUGGCAAUGGCAUGGGGCUACUUUCCAGAUUCACAAGUGUUUGAUGGAUGGCCUGAGAGAGAGAAGAAGAGCUACGAAGGAGGGAUAAUGACAGCAAUGUCUACUGUAGUGGCAGAGUUCAACAAGUCUGGAUAUGGAGCGGUGAUACAAACACCGGCAUUGCACCCAGGUAUGUUCUCGGUUGUGAUGCCUUGGGUUUCAGGCAAAGACAUAAAACAUAGAAUGAGCAGGUUCUCUAGGACUGCCCAUGUAUUUGCAUUGGCAAGAGAUAAAGGGUCAGGAACUGUGAAUGCACCACCAGACUCAAUCAGCUAUGAAAUGGAAGCUCUUGAUGAAAACAAUCUGAAGAUAGGACUAGAGAAGUCACUGAGAAUAUUGGCCGCGGCCGGUGCUGAAGACAUUGGAACCCAUCACUUUAAAGGGAAGGGUUUACAUGUGAAGAAGGCGAAUUUGGAUGAGUUUGAGAGGUUUGUGAAAGAAGAGAGUUCAAGGCCACUAAGAGAGCUUUCAUCCGCGAUAUGUUCAGCACAUCAGAUGGGAAGCUGCAGGAUGGGUGUCGAUUCGAAGCAGUCUGUGGUGAACCAGAUGGGAGAGACAUGGGAGGUGGAGGGACUUUUUGUAGCAGACACAAGUGUCUUCCCAACGGCUUUAGGAGUAAAUCCAAUGGUCACUGUUCAGGCUAUUGCUUACUGCACUUCCCAAUCCAUUCUUCAAGUACUUAGGAGAAAGAAGGUAGAACAUAAAAACUGA